UAGUAAUCAUACUUGGACGGUAGGAAUAUCGUCGCCAUUUUGGGGUGUUGUUUGAGACAUGAAGAUGCUGUUUGAUUCGGUAUUUUACUAAAACUAGUAUCGUAUCUUUCGUGUACCUGAGAAAAUGACGCAAUUUCUGCCUCCAAAUUUGUUAGCACUUUUUGCUCCGCGUGAUCCAAUACCUUAUUUACCACCGGUUAGCAAGCUCCCGCAUGAGAAGAAAAAUGGAGGCUAUAUCGGCGUUGGAGGUUUCCUUAAAUAUUUCGAGGAACCCAAAGACACACCACCGCCAGUACGUGUGGAAACGAGGGAAGAACGCCUCGAACGCAGAAGAAGAGAACGCGCCGAGCAAGUGGCAUAUAAAUUAGAGCAAGAAAUCGCGGUAUGGGAUCCUGCUGGUAUUCCAAAUGUAACAGCAGAUCCUUUUAAAACUCUCUUCGUAGCCCGGAUAAACUAUGAUACUUCAGAAUCCAAACUUAGAAGAGAAUUUGAAGUAUAUGGUCCAGUAAAAAAGAUAGUGGUAAUUCAUAAUACAAUAAAUGGCAAACCUAGGGGAUAUGCGUUCAUUGAAUAUGAGCACGAAAGAGAUAUGCACUCGUGGUGGCCGCUGCCGGCAACUAGUGCCGUUCACUAUUCCAUGCAAUCCCUGAACCUGCCUGAUAUGAUAGCUGCUUAUAAACAUGCGGAUGGUAAGAAAAUAGAUGGUCGCAGAGUAUUGGUGGAUGUCGAACGUGCCAGAACCGUGAAAGGGUGGCUUCCGCGAAGGCUGGGUGGUGGACUUGGCGGAACGCGAAGAGGUGGACCAGACGUAAAUAUUAAGCACUCUGGUCGGGAAGACAAUGAAAGAGAACGAGAACGGUAUCGUUUGGAACGAGAGAGGGAGAAUUCUGGACGCCUUGAUAGAGAUAGAGAUCGCGAUCGCUUGGAUAGAGAACGUAGAAGGUCUCGCGACCGUAAAAGAAGGACAAGAAGUAGGUCACGCGAUCGAAAACGUAGACGUAGCAGCCGUGAUCGCUUACCUGAUCCGGAUAUUGAAGAGAUUCAAAGAGACGAACGGCCACGUGACAGGAGAGAUCGAGAUCGUGACCGUGACCGUGAUCGAGAUCGUAAGAGAAGACGUUCUAGGAGUAACGAACGCGAUCGCGAUAGGGACCGUAAGAGGGACAAGCGUGAUCGUGAUCGUGAACGUAGAGAUAGAAAAGAUCGGGGUGAUCGUCAGGAUGAAGAUACGAAAGAAAUCCGAAUCAAAGAAGAACCUCUGGAUGAUUACCCUGACUAUAGUAACACUUUCUCAACGUCUGGAUCAUACUUUACCGCUGUAAAAUACGAAGAUGAUAAUGACCAAGAAGUAGAAGAGAAAUACAGAAUUCCUGAAGGUCGUCCAGAUCCCCCUCCCUACAAUAACUAUGAUUCCGUACAAGACUAUUGAUCUCGAUGAUAUCUCUUAUAUUGUUUUUUUUCGUUACCACGCACGACAUGAUGAAUUAACGCAAUUGCCAAUAAUAUAUUGUAUUUCCUACUGAUAUUAGUAUAACAUCGAAUCGACUGCAUUGAGUAUUUAGUUUCUGUAGAAUCUACAGCGACCAGGUACUCAGUAAGGAUAUUGCAAGGUAAGCAGAUUUGGAUUAUUGAUUUAUAUGCAAUUAUUUUUACUUUGUUGAUUCGGACUUUUGUAUAUUUACAAUUGGUACCAAGGUAAUUUCGGUAAAUGAAUUUAGGUACAUAUUAAAUAUUAUCAGAAUUAAGUUCAUGAAUUUCAAUUAUAGCAAUUUGUGUGAGACCUCGCAAUAUGGAACUGGUAGGUUUAUAGAUAUUCGAAUUUUUUUGUGUCUACGAUAAUUCCAAUAUUCUCUAAAUGUGUACAUACCUUCACGACUGCUACAUGUAUAUUUAUAUAUAUAUAUAUAUACAAAUAAAACAAAUUACACACUUACGUUUACUGCUUAUCCUGGCAUUUAUUUCUGCUUUUCAUAAUUUGUGAAACUGAAAAGUAAAUAUUCGUAUAAAGGCAAUUUAUAUACACGAUUUUAACAUUUAUAUGUCUGGUAAGUUUCGACGAACUUAACUGAUAGCUGAACAAGUUUGUUGUUUAGAACAUUUACAAAGAUUUGUGAAAGAUGAAAUAUGACGUUUGUGUUAAUGUACCUAUGUAGAUGUAUGCAUGUACCGGGCGUUGAGGUAUCGAACCAGAGUUAUCUUUGGUUACAUUUACCGUAAGUGACCGGAUCAUCGCGUAUUAACUGGACCAAAUCAUUCCGGUCUCUUACCUGUGUAUAUGAUGUCGAUACCAGGAUUAAAAAUAGUGAAAACUUCCAAGAAAAUCAAUUGCAGCGAUAAAAUUACUGUACUUUGAAUAAAUUUGUUUAGGGUAA